CGCAUGCGACCAACCUGAACCUUUCGGCUUGUCCGCAUGCAACUAACCUGAACCUGACAAUGGUACUGUCAUAUUAACGCGUCAUAGACUUGCAUGUGAGAAUAGUAUAAUAGAAAGGCUCGAAAAGAUCGCCAGAAAAAAAAAAGGGGGAGGAAGUGGGAACCUACGUAAGAUGGCGGCCCUUGAAUCAAGGAAGGGACACAGGAAUCUCAUUUAUCUUCGGUUCUGUUGCUUAGAAGUUACCAGAAGAGUACUAAAUAAUCUCAUUAUCUCUUUCUGCUUCAAUUCACGAAUCAAGAUGAUGUUAAGUUAAAGUAUUUUUGGGUUUGUUUAGUGUGUGCGGUGUACUCAUGCCCACAUGUUAAGCGCAUAAUUUUAUAUGUUUGGGAGAUUUUGUGCUCAUGCGCACAUGCUAAGCGCAUAAUUUUACAUGUUUGGAAGAUUUUGAUUGAUGUGGUUGUUGCAUUUGCAGGGGGUACACCAUUAUUAAAGAUACAACGGAUUUUCUAUGGUGUGCCCAUGGGCACACAAUAAGCACAAAAUUUGUUGAUUUUUCCUUGUUUUGAUUGGCUUAUACCCCUUUAAUAAUGAUGACCCCCCCUGCCUUCAUACCAACCACAUAAAUCAAAACACACCAAAUUUAUAAGUUUCCGUACUUAGCAUGUGCUCAUGGGCACACACUAGACAAACCCAAGAUACAAAAGACAAUCAAAAUCUCUUAAACUUAUAAAAUUUCGCGCUUAGCAUAUACCUAUGAAACUAGAAAAACCGAAGUACUUUCAUAGUAUUUUCUUACUGAUGUCUCGUUUUGUGUGUGGGUAACAGCGGAUAUAGUAUCAGAUACAAUGUUUAUCUUCUUGAUCAUCAACUCUGUCUGCUGUGACAUCACUGGUAACUAAAUAUAUGCUCCUUUAGAUUAAACACUGUUAACCGCUCCCAUCACCCUCUGUCAUCUUCUUGCUUUCUGAAUCACACUCGAAUCUUCUGGCCCAAAUCUAGUAUCGCAAAAACAUUCAUGUCAAGCUUCUAUCUUUUUCUACAACAAUACCACCUUAACCCGAUUUGUGAUUGCAACGCCGUAACCCUCUCUGAACCAAACAGCCCUUAGGAGUCGUUUGGUUCGCGGGUUUCUGGAAUGAGGUAUGGGGUUUGUCCAUUCCAAACCCAUACCUGGUGUUUGGUUGAGAAAAACAAAAUCUGAAACCCAUACCUUAAACCCCCAAGGUAUGGAUUUUUGAUACCCAAGUGUGGAGGUGGGUAUGAGAUGGAGGUAUGAGCUAUAUUCAUUUUUUAUUUUUUUCCCACUUUUUAAGUAAUGAAAUAUUAAUAUUUGAUACAAAAUUAAAUCAAUGAUGCAAAAAUAUAUGACAAUAAUAAUUUUAUUAAUAUUUUUAAUUAAUAUAUAUUAAUAACUUAUUUUUUUAUAAAAAUUGUAUAUAUUGAUUCCAGCACUUAACCAAACACAUGAUAUCAGAUAUGAUACCUCAAACCCAUACCAGCUUAACCCGAUUCCUCAUUCCAACCCCAUACCACUCCUCGAACCAAACGACCCCUUACAGAGUUCUCUUAUACCCUAAUAACUAAUUAUGGAAGAUUCUAAAAUCCUGCUGUCCCAGUUGUCCUAUUACCAGGUAGUUGAGGUUAUGGAAAGUGAGAUGGGAAAAAUUCUAGUGGCUUGGCUUUUUGGAGCACUGUUCUUAAUGUUCAUGUACUGUUUCAAAAGAAGUAGAGACAAUGCAUCUUUAGUGAGAUUUCCCAUGCUCUACAUGGAUGAGGUUGGCAAGGAGAACUAUUUGCUUGAUCUGCCUGACUUAGCCUUGGACUCCAUUCUUAUGAAGCUUUCACCAGCAAAUUUGAGCAGAAUGUCAAGGGUGAGUACUACUUUGAGGGGUAUGUGCACAAGUGACCAUUUAUGGGAGAGGCACUUGAAGAGGAAAUGGGGUGGACUCAUUGGAAAUCUUGCCUAUAAAGAGUGGCAAUGGAGCAUUGCUUCAAGAAAGCACCAGAUAACUAUAGAAUGUUCGAAGAAAGUUGGAUUGGUUGCCUCUUUUUGGUCUAAUAAGUCGGGUAACAGAGGUAUGCUUAGCAGCACCUUACCUGUUGAUUCAAUCAUGGCUUUGUAUCUGUCGCUUGAGACCGGCAAGUUCUGGUUCCCAGCUCAAGUCUUUAAUCGCGAGAAUGGCCAUGUCGGGUUUUUGCUGUCAUGUUAUGAUGCUGAGCUUAGCUACAAUCGUUUCUGGGGCAAUUUCAGAGCAAGGUUCUCAUCUGAAGGGAGACCGACAUUGGAGCCUAAUAUAGACUGGACUCGGCUGAGAGCGCCAGCAGUAGAAGCAGGGCCGCACACUCUUCAUCCCUCAGAUUGUUUAGAUUACUUAAAACCCGGGGAUCACAUUGAAAUUCAGUGGAAAAGAACAAGACACAUUCCUUAUGGUUGGUGGUAUGGUGUUGUUGGCCACUUAGAACCAGGGGAGAGGUGCAGAAUAUGCUGCGAGUGUCAUAGGAGUGAUAAGGUGGUACUGGAGUUCAACCAGUAUGACCCCGGGUCACGGUGGAGAGAAACAAUUAUACGGAGGAGUAAUCAUCGUGAAAUAGGCGAUGGAUUACAUGGAUUUUAUGGAGGAAUCAGAAAAUUAUACAACAAAUAUGAGAUAUCAAUGUGGCAGCAGCAGCGGCAACCAGAAGCCAUGUAAUCCUAGUGCAUGUACACGGCUUGUAUACAGUUUUAACGUUGUUGAACUUUUUCUAAAUAUCCACCAGUAAUGUAGUAUAUAAUAGAACUGAAUAGCAGCUUGUAAGAUAGUUUGAUAAGCUUGUGGCGUAUGUUAUUUUACUGUUACAGCUCUGUAAGAUAGGUUAUUAGAGAGUGUAAUAUAUAAAUUUGAUAGUGGUCAUGUUUUCCUUUUGCUAAAUGCUGCAU